UAGUGAAUCACGUGACCAUCGCCCAAUCAAAUCGUUCGGUUACAGCACAGAGGCGGGAGCAAAACAAGUGUGUUUUACAUGAGCUUUGCUGCAGUCAUCGUGGAAUCCAGUUUAUCGAAAUGGCGGAGACGGCAGACGGAAUGGAGGUGUCACAGGGAGAGAGCUCAGUGAAACCUGCAGCAGAAGAUAUGACCUCCAAAGACUACUACUUUGAUUCCUACGCACACUUUGGCAUUCAUGAGGAGAUGCUAAAGGAUGAAGUUCGUACUCUGACGUACAGAAACUCCAUGUUCCACAACAAGCAUCUCUUCAAGGAUAAAGUGGUGCUGGAUGUUGGGAGUGGAACCGGCAUCCUCUGUAUGUUUGCAGCCAAAGCUGGGGCCAAAAAAGUUAUUGGGAUUGAGUGCAGCAGUAUAUCAGACUAUGCUGUGAAGAUUGUGAAGGCCAACAAGUUGGAUCAUAUCGUAACCAUUAUUAAAGGCAAAGUGGAGGAGGUUGAGCUUCCUGUGGAAAAAGUAGACAUAAUCAUCUCUGAGUGGAUGGGCUACUGUCUCUUCUACGAAUCCAUGCUCAACACUGUCAUUUAUGCAAGAGACAAAUGGCUGAAACCCGAUGGUCUGAUUUUCCCUGACAGAGCCACGCUCUAUGUCACUGCUAUUGAGGACCGACAGUACAAGGACUACAAAAUUCACUGGUGGGAGAAUGUUUAUGGAUUUGACAUGUCCUGUAUCAAGGAAGUGGCUAUUAAGGAACCUCUUGUGGAUGUUGUUGACCCCAAGCAGCUUGUUAGCACUGCCUGCCUCAUUAAGGAGGUGGACAUCUACACAGUGAAGAUCGAGGACUUGUCCUUCACGUCACCUUUCUGCCUGCAGGUGAAAAGGAAUGACUACAUCCAUGCUCUGGUAACCUACUUCAACAUAGAGUUCACUCGCUGCCACAAGAGGACAGGCUUUUCUACUAGCCCAGAGUCUCCUUACACUCACUGGAAGCAGACUGUGUUCUACCUUGAUGACUAUCUGACGGUAAAGACCGGAGAGGAGAUCUUUGGCACCAUCAGCAUGAAACCUAACGUCAAGAAUAACAGAGACCUGGACUUUACCGUCGACAUCGACUUCAAGGGUCAGCUUUGUGAGGUGUCCAAGACGUCAGAGUACAGAAUGCGCUAGAUUCAUUGAGCAUCAGUGUGCAAGGCAACUCAGAGAGCAGUGUAUGCAUGUGUGAAACAUGUACUUUGUUACAUGACUGCGCAUGACAGACAUUUUUAGAGAUUCUGUUUUACAGAAUAGUGUCUGACAUGGAGGAUUUUGAGAGUUAUUUUCCAUUUUUAAAUUAACUUUUUUUUUUUUUUUUUUUUUGUGGAUUGUGUAAUGCACCAAAGGGGACUAAACAUGGCAUAUUUUGUGCUCUUUUUCAAACUUCCUUUUUGGCCCUGCUUUUUCCAAAUUUUAGGUGCACCAUCUUGGAUGGGAUCCAUUGAAUUUAUGCAUGCAUGCACGUGUGCACACACAUAUAACUGCUCUCUUUUGCCUAUUUGUCUGUCUGACAAGUCAUCCAUGUGUAUGUCUCUUUAUUUUUCAGUUUUUUUUUUUUUUUUUUCCCUGCCAUGCCAACAUGUCUGUGUUGGUCACUGUAAGAAAAUGCAAAUCAGCCAUAUGUGUUUUGAUAUUCCAUCUGGUAAAGCUAGUAUCUUCCAUGUAGGUAAAACCUGUUGUCAUGUUUCACUGUGGUCAGGAGCUCUACCUAGUGAUUUGCUGAAUGAGCCCAUAUCAUUUUGUAUUUCUGCAGUUAGUUUGGACCAUCAGUAGAGGGCACCUCCUUAAUGUGCCAUUUGUCUUCUGUGAAUAACCGUUUUAAUUCAUGUAGUGCUGUUUCCUAAUUUGUUACCCUUUUUUUUUUUUUUUUUUUUUUUUUAAUACUUGUGGCAAUGACCCAAUUGGAGGAUAAUAUUGUGUUAUGGAUGAGAUGGCAUAGUAAUCUCUUGUACAACUUGUAGGUGGUGUUAAUGAGCACUAUUUUAGAUCCUUUGAUCUUUUUAAUGUCACAUAGGAAGAAUCUUCAUCCAUGACUGACUGUUUAGUUUAAGCUUAUCUGCUGCUCUUUUGCACUAUAAGCACUUAAAACUAAGUUUCUCAGACCCAGAAUUACAAUUUAAUUCCAUGGAGGAAAACCUUCAGACUAAAUUUUCCAUAGAAGUGCUUUUAUUGAAGGGUGAUGCUUUUCCUGUGUUUGAGUAACUUCACAUUUGUUCCAUAUUGUGAUUUUCUCUCAUAGUGUUGCUGUGUACUACAGUGUUUUUGUCGAGGGGUGCAAGUUCACGUUUUGUGUCUAGCACUGGUGUGGAUUAUUACCAGGCAGGCAUUUGUCCACUUGGAAUUUUUCUUUUUUUUGAAAUAAAAACAAAUUAAACCUG